AUGGUUCAGUCGACUAGUAAUCCAGAUACGGCCCAAGAGAGGUUAGAAUUGGUUGAGUGUUACCGGUUGAUUCAGGCUCAAUCCUUAGUGGACUCGGCGGAUAAGUGGGCUUGGCAUGAUAUAGGCCCAAUUGAGUUCUCGGUUCAGGAAGCGAAAAAAUGGAUAGUUGAUGCCCGAUGCGCUUCUUUGAAUGCUGGCCCCGAAUUUUCUUGGUGUAAGUGGCUUCCUUUGAAAUGCAAUGUGUUUAUGUGGAGAACUCUUCUAGACAGGAUUCCUACUAAAGUGGCGCUUAGUAGUAGGAAUGUUUUGCAUGGAGAUAGUACGUGCGAUCUUUGCAGGAUAGAGGAGGAGUCUGUGGAUCAUGUGUUUACUGGUUGUGGCCUGGCGAUAGGUACGUGGCAGGGUAUUGCUAGUUGGGUUAAAAUUCCGCCUAUUUUCUUGUUCUCAGUUAAAGAUAUAGUGGAGGUGGUGAAAGGUACAGGGUGGUCGUCGAGGAAAAAGGAGUUGUUAUAUGGGAUUUUCAUCGUGACAUGUUGGCGUAUUUGGAAAGCUAGGAAUGAGAGGAUCUUUGUCCAGAAGACUCGGAGUGCUGUGGAGCUGGUAGCGGACGUUAAAUCAUUGUCUUACCUUUGGUUGAGGAGUAGGAAUGGUACUUCUGGGGUGGAUUGGCAGGGUUGGAAGUCGUUUGAUUUUGAUAUAAUGUAA